GAUGCAGACUGUAGUACGACGUCAAAGCAGCAGCAGCAGAGGAAGAAGAAGAAGAGGAGUCGCCUCCAAAGAGCGAGCUGCUGUAAGAGAAGAGGAAACAGACACUAUCUCCACCUCGACAGUUCCGGUUGGUUUUAAGGGUGCCGAGCACUCCCGUCCUUCAGGCAACAUGGGGGAACUCUUCAGAAGUGAAGAGAUGACGCUGGCUCAGCUCUUCCUCCAGUCGGAAGCUGCCUACUGUUGCGUCAGCGAACUGGGAGAGAUCGGCAUGGUGCAGUUUCGUGACUUAAAUCCUGAUGUGAAUGUGUUCCAACGAAAGUUUGUCAAUGAAGUACGACGAUGCGAGGAGAUGGAUCGCAAACUGAGAUUUGUGGAAAAAGAAAUAAAGAAGGCCAACAUCCCGAUAGUUGACACAGGAGAGAAUCCUGAAGUCCCCUUCCCAAGGGACAUGAUCGACAUGGAGGCCACUUUUGAGAAGCUCGAGAACGAGCUGAAGGAAAUAAACACCAACCAAGAAGCCCUGAAGAAGAACUUCCUGGAACUGACGGAGCUCAAGCACAUCCUGCGUCGCACACAGCAGUUUUUUGAUGAGAUGGAGGAUCCCAGUUUACUGGAGGAGUCGUCCACCCUCAUGGAUCCUAAUGACCCGAACCGAGGAGCUCCUCUGAGACUCGGAUUUGUGGCUGGAGUCAUCAGCAGGGAACGUAUUCCCACAUUCGAGAGGAUGCUGUGGAGAGUUUGCAGAGGAAAUGUGUUUCUGAGGCAGGCAGACAUUGAAGAUCCACUGGAGGACCCGACUACAAGUGACCAGGUCCACAAGUCUGUUUUCAUCAUCUUCUUCCAGGGAGACCAGCUGAAGAAUAGAGUCAAGAAGAUCUGCGAGGGGUUUAGAGCCACCUUGUACCCGUGUCCAGAAACACCCCAGGAGAGGAAAGAGAUGCUAGCAGGCGUGAAUGCACGCAUUGACGAUCUGCAAAUGGUGCUAAACCAGACUGAAGAUCACCGGCAGAGGGUCCUGCAGGCUGCAGCCAAGACAGUCAGGGUGUGGUUCAUCAAGGUGAGGAAGAUGAAGGCCAUCUACCACACCCUCAACCUCUGCAACAUCGACGUCACUCAGAAGUGUCUGAUCGCUGAGGUGUGGUGUCCGGUCUCUGACAUGGACUCCAUCCAGUUUGCCCUGCGUAGGGGGACGGAGAAGAGCGGCUCCACUGUGCCUUCAAUCCUCAAUAGGAUGCAGACAAAGCAGACCCCACCCACCUAUAACAAGACCAACAAGUUCACCUCGGGCUUCCAAAACAUUGUGGAUGCCUAUGGUAUUGGCAGCUACCGGGAGAUUAACCCAGCGCCAUACACCAUCAUCACCUUCCCCUUCCUAUUCGCCGUCAUGUUUGGUGAUUUUGGCCACGGGGUGCUCAUGACCUGUGCUGCCCUGUACCUUGUGUUGAGAGAGAGCAGACUGAUGGCCCAGAAGAACGAUAACGAGAUGUUCAGCAUGGUGUUUGCGGGGCGCUACAUCAUCCUGCUGAUGGGAAUCUUCUCCGUCUACACUGGAAUCAUUUACAACGACUGCUUCUCCAAGUCACUCAAUGUGUUUGGCUCUGGCUGGAGCGUCAGGCCCAUGUUCGACAGUCGAUUAGGAGGCAACUGGUCGUUUGAAACACUGACAGAAAAUAAAGUUUUGCAGUUGGACCCAACAGUAGAUGGAGUGUUCAAAGGGCCGUAUCCCAUUGGCAUUGAUCCGAUAUGGAACAUGGCCACCAACAAGCUGACAUUCCUGAACUCGUUCAAGAUGAAGAUGUCCGUCAUCCUGGGAGUCAUCCACAUGCUGUUCGGAGUCACUCUCAGUCUCUUCAACCACCUGUAUUUCAAGAAGCCCCUGAAUAUCUACUUGGGAUUCAUCCCAGAGAUCGUCUUCAUGUUCAGUCUGUUUGGCUACCUCGUCAUUCUGAUCUUCUAUAAGUGGGUCUCGUACGACGCACGCUCAUCCAGGGACGCCCCCAGUCUCCUCAUCGCCUUUAUUAACAUGUUCCUCUUCAACUACAACGACCCCAGUAACAAACCUCUCUACAGAGGACAGAAGGCCAUACAAAUACUCUUGGUGCUAAUUGCCUUGGCUUGUGUUCCCUGCAUGUUAAUAGUGAAAACUCUAGUGCUGCGGAGACAGCACUUGUGGCGGAAAAACCUGGGUACAGAAAACUUUGCAGGGAUCAGGGUGGGCAACGGGCCCACCGAGGAUGAGGCUGAAAUCAUCCAGCACGACCAGCUCUCGCAGCAAUAUGACGACGAGCCUGAGCGUUGCCUUUUGUCAACUGCUGUCAAGGCCAGAGAGGAGGAAGAGUUUAUCUUUGCAGAUGUGGCAGUGCAUCAGGCGAUCCACACCAUAGAGUACUGCCUUGGCUGUAUCUCCAACACUGCAUCCUAUCUGAGGCUUUGGGCCCUCAGUCUGGCUCAUGCACAGUUGUCAGAGGUGCUGUGGUCCAUGGUGAUGCACAUUGGCCUGUCUACCCGCAGCCUCGCAGGCUUCAUCCUUCUGGCCAUAGUGUUUUACUUCUUUGCUGUUCUCACAGUCGCCAUUCUUCUCAUUAUGGAAGGCCUGUCAGCCUUCUUACAUGCACUGCGACUGCACUGGGUGGAGUUCCAAAACAAGUUUUACUCGGGCCAGGGCUUCAAGUUCCUCCCCUUCACCUUCGACAGCAUCCUGGAUGGAAGGUUCGAGGACUGAGAUCAGCCGACUGCUCUUCAUCUAUUAAAUGUCACUUACCUGUUGAGAAUCUGCGUGGUGUUGAAUUGUGAUUUUUUUUUUUUGUGUGUGUGUGUGAUGCAGUCUGCGACAAUCUGUCAGACUGCCAUCUUCCUUUAAACAUUACCUUUUUAGAAUCAGCAUCUAAAUCUGGAACAUUUACAUCUCAUUCAUCCAUUCGUGCAAAAAAGUAGCAUGCCUGUCGUGUCUCGUCUUAGUGUCACUUUGUUUUACCUGUGUUUUAUUUAGUUUAUUAUUAUUUAUACAAAUUAUUCCUUUAUAAAAACCUCCACUUUUUUGUGCGUGGCAAUGUUGCACUGCGAAUUGUAAAUGAGAUCUGUUAUGUGCGGAUGUCGUGUCGUUGACAGAUGCUUAUUCAGAGUAAAGUGACAGAAGUCUUUCCUACUUUCACGUCAUCAACGCGUUGUAUCCAGUUUAUCUCUUUCUCUCUGUGUUGGCAUUGUUCUUCAGCAACACUCAACAUCUUGUGUACAGAAUGCCCAGUUUGCACACGCAGACACCUCUAUUGCACUGCAUACUGAUACUCACACACAGACACACACACACACAGCUAUAAAGGUCCAAAGGGAAUACAAUUAAAUUGACAUCAGGAUGUCAGUCAGUGCUUUGUAAAUGGAGAUGAAGUGACUGUCUCGUCCUGCGUUGUGCUCUAACUUUGCCACAAAUGCAGUUUGUGUUUCGUGUUUCUGUUCUCUAUCGAUCGACAGAACACAACAGUGUCAGUCGUACUGAGUUUUGUUCCCUGUGCUGAUUUCAGUUGUAUGUUAAAGUUUAAAAUAGUGUUGUCACACCUAGAAGGGAGUCAUAACGGCAUACAGGAGACACGUUCAAGUAGAAUUCAUUCCUCAGAAAUCAUUUAACACCCACAUUAAUUCUAAUCUGUAUCUCUGUGUCAAUAAAGUGGAAAGAUCUGGAA